GUCAACGGAGCAAGAGUAACAUGAGUGAAGACGGCAGUGAAAUAAGUCACCUAAAUCUGUGUCGCACUGAACAGUUUCAGAUAUUCUGACUAAAUGAGAGUUCAGAGAUCCAAACAAACCAGUCAUGUCUGGUGAUUCGGACAGCUCACAGUUUUUUUCAUGGGAGAGAGGAGAAUAAUAAAAGAAAUAAUAAUAAUCCAAAUCCUGCAGUACUUGGACUCCUAAAUAGAUAAAUGAACAAACACAAAAUCAAUCCCUAUGGUUGUGUCAUGUUGCAUUCAUUUCCCAUGAGCAUUUGUGUUCUGUCCCCCUGGUGUAUUGCUCUGUGUCAACACUCCGAGAUAUAAGAACAACAGUGAACGGUUUGACUCACCACAAUCCUUUCCACCCGAUCUAUGAUCAAGUUCAAGGAAUCACAUCUACUAAAGGAGAAUUCUUGAAAAACACUGGCUUCCCAACAAUUAAAAAAAAGAAGAAGUUUUUCCUCGUUUACGAUAUAUACACUGACGACAGACUUGGUCUGUGCAAGUUUAUCUGAAGUUCUUGAGAGAAAAUGUCAAAUAUCAAAUAUUUCAGUAUACAUGCAAUUUAUUGAUAUUGUUCAUCAUUAAGCUCUCUGUGGUUUCUUCUUUCUGAGUCCAUCUCCAAUUACCAGGUCCUAAAGGACUGGUUUUUCAGGGGGUGAGAAACAGUGAGGAGCAAAAAAAUUUGUAAUGAGGACCCUGAAUUCAACCUCCUUUUUGAACACAACGAUUGUGCGUCCUGAGUUCUUUUUCAUAAGUGGUUUAGCCGGUAUUCCCCACACAAAAUACUACUAUGUGUUCUUGUGCUUUGUAUAUACUCUGUCUCUACUGGGAAACACUUUUGUCAUGUUUAUGAUUUACAGUGACCACUGUCUUCACAGUCCGAAAUACAUUGCAGUGUUUAAUUUGGCUGUGUCUGACUUGUGUGUAAGCACAGCCCUCGUUCCUCAGUUGAUUGACACCUUCCUGUUUAAAUCACAGUUAAUCUCCUACGAGGCCUGCUUGACUAAUUUGUUUUUUGUUUUUUGGUUUCUCUUUAUGCAGUCUUUCACUCUCACCGUUCUUUCCUAUGAUAGAUGUGUCGCUAUAUGCUUUCCACUGAGAUACAGUGAGAUUGUGACUGAUAAAUCGAUGCUGGUGAUCACAACUAUGACAUGGAUUAUUGCAGGACUGGCUGUUCUCAUAGCUGUGACUUUUAUCAGCAGACUGUCAUUUUGCAAAUCCACUGUGAUAAACAGUUAUUUCUGUGAUCACGGACCCAUGUUCAGGUUGGGGUGCAAUGACAACACUCCAAGUUAUGUGAUGAGUUGGACACAUGCUAUUAUGAUUCUCUGGUUUCCGGUACUUUUUAUCAUGGGUACAUAUAUUUGUAUAGCCAGAGCAUUAUUGAAAAUAGCAGUGGCCCUGGAGCGCCUCAAAGCCAUGAAAACCUGCACCUCCCAUUUGAUCUUGGUGAGUGCAUUUUAUCUUCCUGUAUGUAUUAAUGCUGCGAUGGGUUCCAGCAUUCACCCAAACGUUAGGAUCUUUAGUACGUCGCUGGCAUUGGUCUUGCCACCUAUGCUGAAUCCAAUAAUUUAUUCACUGAAGACAGAAGAAUUCACAGAAUCCAUUAAAAGGUUUUACAGAAGAAAAAUACUUGUCGCUGUAAGGAAUAAAUGAAUAAAUACCUUAAUCAGAAAUGUCUAAAUAUUUUCAAGGUCUUCCACCUUACUACUGCCGAGAACUCAUUUUUUCUCGUUUUUUUGUUUGUUAUUGUUUUCUUGUCAGGCUGUUAUGAAAGCCAAUCAAACCCUUUGUUUUUUUUUUCCCCUUUUGGAUGAGCCAAUCAUAUUCACCGGCCCUGCUCAUUCCUAUUGGUGCAGGGGAGCACAAAGAAGGCCACAUUCCCACCUGUGAAAUGUUUGAUUUCAAACCACUGUCUGCUAAAUGCCUGUAAGAACAGCAGUGAUCCAGCUCACACAUACAUACACACAGCUGAGAGACUGACAGUCGUGCCACAGCCCCGGCCAUGAGCGUGAGGCUCCAGACAGAUGCAGUAAAUAAAUAUAGCAAUGUCCCAGAGCAAUUCCCAGGGUCCAGCCAGCACAGGCAACAUUUGGCAAACACAGAAGAUCAUGCCGUCAACUUCGGGACUUGUCUGAUGCGGGAGAGAUGCUUAAUGAGUUUUUCUGGAAAACAUUUUUUUUAUGUGUUCAUGUAUUGUAUCUCUAUAGCACCAUCAUGUGUUUGACUUGGGCUAAGCUUCCAAGGCUGGAGUGUUGACGUCUCGUCACUUUGCCGCCCCUGCUCAAACAAACAAACAGACGGAUGGGAGCGGCCUUGCGAGUGCAGACGCUCCAUCAAUAUCCUCAUGAGUCUUCUGAGUGAAGCAAACACCUCUUAAUUAGCAGCUCA